AUGAUUAGUCCAAAUGUCAAACUGAGUUAUCGUCGUAUACAGUCGUCGGAGGAGCCUGUCUUCUCCGUGUCAUGCUCUUUGAGUGCAAGGCUUGUGCCCGUCACGAAUAAAUUUUCAUCAUCACCCACACCCCAUGCGUGUAGAGUUCACUGUAUAUAUUUUUAUUUAUACAUUUAUGUCCUAUUUGAGAUUCCAACUAUGUCGGACAGACUAUUUAAAUACAACUUUUCUAUUUCAUUCUAA